GGGAUGAUUCUGUCCCGGAGGAUAAUAUUUGGAGGGGUAUCCUCUCUGUGAUUUUCUUCUUUCUAAUCAUCAGUGUUCUAGCUUUUCCUAAUGGACCCUUUACACGUCCCCACCCUGCAAUAUGGAGAAUGGUUUUUGGUCUCAGCGUGCUCUAUUUUCUGUUCCUGGUGUUCGUGCUCUUCCUUAACUUUGAGCAGGUAAAAGCAGUGAUGUACUGGCUGGAUCCUAAUCUUCGAUAUGCCACAAGGGAAGCAGAUAUUAUGGAGUACGCUGUGAACUGUCAUGUUAUCACUUGGGAGAGAAUCCUCAGCCACUUUGAUAUAUUUGCUUUUGGGCAUUUCUGGGGCUGGGCUAUGAAGGCUUUGCUGAUCCGCAGCUACGGGCUGUGCUGGACCAUUAGCAUCACCUGGGAACUCACUGAGCUCUUCUUCAUGCACCUUCUGCCUAAUUUUGCUGAAUGCUGGUGGGAUCAAGUCAUUUUGGACAUCCUGCUUUGUAACGGGGGUGGCAUCUGGUUGGGCAUGGUAGUUUGUCGUUUCUUGGAGAUGAGGACCUAUCACUGGGCAAGCUUCAAGGACAUUCACACAACCACAGGGAAAAUCAAAAGAGCUGUAUUACAGUUCACCCCAGCCAGCUGGACUUAUGUCCGCUGGUUCGACCCUAAGUCUUCAUUUCAAAGAGUGGCUGGAAUCUACCUUUUCAUGAUCAUUUGGCAGUUGACUGAGUUGAACACAUUCUUUUUGAAACAUAUCUUUGUGUUCCAAGCAAGCCACCCUUUAAGCUGGGGGAGAAUUCUCUUCAUAGGAAUCAUUACAGCGCCCACUGUAAGGUAA